UUAUUUUCUGCCAAAUAUCACUCCUUAACUUGUUCCUCCACAAAACCAAAAGUCUUUCUUCACUUCACUACACAAACAGUAUUCUUUGUUAACUAUGGAAUCCUCUUCAGCUCUAGCACUUUCUCAGCUUCCUUAUUAUAUCUACCCUACAAUACCCAACACCAACAAAAAUUAUCCUUUUUGGCCAGCUGGCAAGCGAAGGAGUUCUCAAUUACCCACAAGAUUACACUGCAACAAGAUGUUUGUACCUGGAUUUGGAGAAGCAUCACCUGAAGCAAAGGCUGCCAAAAACCUUCAUAAUUUCUUCACCUACAUUGCAGUUAAAAUUGUUGCUGCUCAACUUGAGAGCUAUAAUCCAGAAGCAUAUGAAGAGCUAAUGGAAUUCGUGGGUAGACAUCCGUUGAAUGAUGGUGACAAAUUCUGCGCCACCAUGUUCAGAGAAUCAUCAAGACAUAAGAACUUAGCCCUACGCAUAAUGGAGGUACGAUCAUCAUACUGCCAAAAUGAUUUUGAAUGGGACAAUUUGAAAAGCCUGGCUUUUAAGAUGGUCACUGAGUCUAACACGAGGCUUAUGAGGGAUUAUAUCUCGGAAACCAGUCGUGCUGAAACCGAGAAGUGAAUCGUCCUGCAGCAAAGAAUGUGCCUUCAUUCGCUCUGAUCGAACAGAAGCUUGGGCAACAUAUUAAUAUGCAUGGAAAUCAGAAAGAAGGCAGAAAACUCAUUUGCAUGGUUCUCGAUGAAUUGCAUGCAAACUCCAGUGUGUUAGCAUGGUUAUAAUGAUUAAAAAAUCAGAGUUAGACCAUUAUGGUUGGGCAAUUUGUAAUACAAAUAGAUAAUCAACAGACUUCCAAUACUUAAUGGGAUACUUAAGAAUUUCAAUCA